UGUGUUUUUUUUUUGUUUGUUUGUUUUCUUUUGCUUUGUUUGUUUUUUAUCCUCCAGAGUUAUCGCUGGGGCUCGGUGCCUGCACCACGAAUCCACUGCUCCUGGAAGUAUAAUGGAAUGUGCUUGCAAGGGCCUGCCGGAGUGCCUGGUCGGGACGGGAGCCCUGGGGCCAAUGGCAUCCCUGGUACCCCUGGGAUUCCAGGUCGGGAUGGAUUCAAAGGAGAAAAAGGAGAAUGCCUGAGGGAGAGCUUUGAGGAGUCCUGGACACCCAACUACAAGCAGUGCUCAUGGAAUUCACUCAAUUAUGGCAUCGAUCUUGGGAAAAUUGCGGAAUGCACAUUUACAAAGAUGCGCUCAAACAGUGCCCUUAGAGUUUUGUUUAGUGGCUCACUCCGGUUAAAGUGCAGAAAUGCAUGCUGCCAGCGUUGGUAUUUCACAUUCAAUGGAGCUGAAUGCUCAGGACCUCUUCCCAUUGAAGCCAUCAUUUACUUGGACCAAGGAAGCCCUGAGCUGAAUUCUACAAUUAAUAUUCACCGCACUUCUUCUGUGGAAGGACUCUGUGAAGGGAUUGGUGCUGGAUUGGUGGAUAUUGCUAUCUGGGUGGGCACCUGUUCAGAUUACCCAAAAGGUGAUGCUUCUACUGGAUGGAAUUCAGUGUCUCGAAUCAUUAUUGAAGAACUGCCAAAGUAGAUCCUUGAAUUCUCAUCCCUUACCUUUCUUAUUAUGCUUUUGAAUGGCUUGUUUUAUAUAAUUCCUAUGUACACAUCUGAACUAAAAAGCAAAAUAAAACCUGUUUACAAAC